AUGGGGUCUGUGGCUUUCAACAAAAAUGAAUAUAGCAGAGGUGGAAGGGAGGAGAAAGAGACUGCCAAAGAGCGUCGCUGCUGUCAUGUUCUAGAACCUUCUGUCUUCUGUGGGGAGAUGGAAACAGCUGCCACUCAGCCAGCUCAGGGCCUGGUUUCCUUUGAGGAGGUAGCUGUGCACUUCACAGUGGAGGAAUGGCCUUUGCUCAAUCCAGACCAAAGAGCUCUAUACAAGGACGUCAUGCUGGAGAAUUACGAGAACGUGACCUUUCUGGGGGUUCUCAAACCUGACUAUCUCUCUUACCUAGAAGAAGGUGAAGAUCCAUUUGCCCUGGACUCUGAGGAAGAGGAGGAGGAGGAGGAGGAAGAGAAACCAGCAACAGGUGACUGGGAUGAAGUGGAAUACUACAAGAAGCUCUCUGAGGUGUCACUGGAAACAACCACACGUGGAGCAGAGGAAGAGGCCUUUGGUACUCAAGAGGGAUCAAUGAGGAAGAAGGAGAGAGAGAAAUCCACUGCUGGACAGAGUGGUGAGAUCCACAAAAUAUCAGUCCAGGAAGAACACCAUGAACGAAAGAGGGGGAAUAAGAGCCCUUUGGCUGAGAGAACAUUCCACUGCACACCCACCCUUAAUCCAACUUGCAAAACCCAAACGGGAGAGAAAGCAUUCAAGUGCCUGGAGUGUGGAAAGAACUUUGCGAACAACCUCAGCCUUAAGGCGCAUCAGAGGUCCCAUAUGACAGAAAAGCUCCAUAAAGGCUCAGGCAGUAGCAACAGGUUUUCUGAUAAGUCAAGUCUUGUAAGGCACCAGCCAAUUCACACAGGGGAGAAGCCAAAUAAACUACUGGAGUGUAGAAAGCGUUCCGGUAAUCGUAAAAUGCUUGCCAAACAUCGAUCCAUUCACUCGACCAGGAAACCAUAUAAAGCUGGGAGAGGCGGGAAGUGUUUCAAUCAGCACAAGCAACUUAUAUCACAACCAAGAAUGUGCAUAGGAGAAAAGGCAUAUAAAUGCACUGAAUGUGGAAAGGACUUCAGAUACGUUUCGGCAUUGACUUUACACAAAAGAAUCCAUUCAGGAGAGAGACCGUACAAAUGCUCGGACUGCAGCUGGAGUUUUUCUGACAAACAAACAUUUGUUAGACACCUGAGAAUUCACACGGGGGAAAAACCUUAUGAAUGCUUAGAAUGCAGAAAGACCUUCCGUUUGAGUUCGCAGCUCAGUGUACAUCAAAGAACCCACACAGGGACAAAACCAUACAAAUGCUUGGAGUGUGGAAAAAGUUUGACUAGUAGCGGAGGCCUUAUUUCACAUCAAAGAAUUCACACAGGAGAGAAACCAUAUAAAUGUUUGCAGUGUGGAAAGAGUUUCAGACAGAGCUCUGGCCUUGCUUCUCAUCAUAGAAUCCACACAGGGGAAAAGAAAUACAAAUGCCCAGUGUGUGAGAAGAGCUUCCGAUGGAGCACAGCUCUCACUUCCCAUCAAAGAAUCCACACAGGGGAGAGACCAUACAAGUGUUUGGAAUGUGGGAAAGGUUUCCGCUAUACAUCACACCUUACCUCUCAUCAAAAUAGUCACACUGGGGAGAAACCAUAUAAAUGUGACGAGUGUGGAAAGUGCUUCAGCCAAAGCUCAGGCCUCAGUUCACAUCGAAGACUGCACAAUGGGGAGAAACCUUAUGAAUGUUCAGAGUGUGGAAAGAGCUUCACAUCGAGCUGGUACUUAACUAAACAUCAGAGGAUACACACAGAGGAGAAGCCACACAAGUGCUUUGAGUGUGGAAGGACCUUCAGAUACAGCAUCAGCUUACAGGCACAUGAAAGAACCCACACAGGAGAGAAGCCAUAUAAAUGCCUAGAGUGUGGAAAGAGCUUCAGGCAGACUACACACCUCAGUCAGCACCGAAGAAUUCACACAGGGGUGAAGCCAUACAAAUGCUUUGAAUGUGGGAAGAGCUUCCGUGUGGGUUCCGGUCUUACCAGUCAUCGAAAAAUUCAUACAGGAGAGAAACCUUAUCAAUGCUUGUGUGGGAAAAGCUUUGGCCAGGAAGCUAAAUUAACUUCCCAUCAAAGAAUUCACACAGGAGAGAAAAAAUAUAAAUGCCUGGAGUGUGGAAAAAGCUUCAAUCAAAGUGGAAAUCUUACUACUCAUCAAAGAAUUCACACAGGGGAGAAAAAAUACAAAUGCCUGGAGUGUGGGAAAAGCUUCAGUCGUAGUUCAUAUCUUAAUUCCCAUCAAAUAAUUCACACAGGGGAGAAACCAUAUAAAUGCCUGGUAUGUGGGAAAAGAUUUAGUCAGAGUGGAAGCCUUACUUCUCAUCAAAGAAUUCACACGGGUGAGAAACCAUAUAAAUGCCUGGAGUGUGGGAAAAGUUUCAGUCAGAGUUCACAUCUUACUUCUCAUAUAAAAGUUCACACAAAGGAGAAGCCAUAUCAAUGCCUGGAGUGUGGAAAAUGCUUUGUUCAGAGUGGAAGCCUUACUUCCCAUCAAAGAAUUCACACAGGGGAGAGAAAAUAUAAAUGCCUAGAGUGUGGGAAAAGCUUCAGUUACAGUGGACAUCUUACUGCCCAUAAAAGAAUCCACACAGGAGAGAAACCCUAUAAAUGCCUGGAGUGUGGAAAAAGCUUCAAUCAGAGUUCACACCUUACUUCCCAUAAAAGGAUUCACACAGGGGAGAAAGAAUAUAAAUGCCUGGAGUGUGGCAAAAUCUUUGGGCGGAAGGAUAAGUUAAUUUGCCAUCAAAGAAUUCACACAGGGGAGAAACCCUAUACAUGCCUGGAGUGUGGGAAAAGCUUCAAUCAGAGUGGAAACCUUACUUCCCAUCAAAGAACUCACAUAUAG